UGUUAUGGAACUUUCUGAGGCUACCCUAAGAUGCUGGAAGCUGCCAAUCUCAUGGAGGGCCUAGUGGAUAUCUGCCCUUGGGUCACUCUUCCCAGAGGACAGCCUGAGGUGUUGGGGUGGGGCCUCCCAAAGGACCAGGUGGAUGCUCUGGGGUGGGAGGAACCUUCUGGUAUAUCAUUCAUGUAAAAAGCUAACCCCUGGGCUGGGCGCGGUGGCUCACGCCUGUAAUCCCAGCACUUAGGGAGGCCGAGGCGGGCAGAUCAGCUGAGGUCGAAGUUCAAGACCACCCUGGCCAACAUGGUGAAACCCCAUCUCUACUGAAAAUACAAAAAUUAGCCGGGCAUGGUGGCAGGUGCCUGUAAUCCCAGCUACAUGGGAGGCUGAGGCAGGAGAAUCACUUGAACCCGGGAGGCGGAGGUUGCAGUGAGCCAAAAUCACACCAUUGCACUCCAUCCUGGGCGACAAGAGGGAAACUCUGUCUCAAAAAAAAAAAAAAAACAACAAAAAAACCAACACCUGGGACAUUGACAUUUUUUCCCCCAAGCCUAGUUUCCAUUCCUUGGUGACACAUGGCUUAUCAGCAAAUUGGAUAGUGUUAUUCAGGGGACAAGACAAAUGAUUUCUGCCUUCUGGACUCUCUCCGACUGUGAAGCUAGAAAACUGUAUCUGAAAACUGGAAAACUGGUUUUGCAAGAGCCUGAAAAAGACAUAAGGACUCAGUGGCUUUUGAGGAUGUGGCUGUGAACUUCACCCAUGAGGAGUGGGCUUUGCUGGGUCCAUCACAGAAGAAUCUCUACAGAGAUGUGAUGCGAGAAACCAUUAGGAACCUGAACUGUAUAGGAAUGAAAUGGGAAACCCAGAACAUUGAUGAUCAGUACCAAAAUCUCAGGAGAAAUCCAAGAUGUGAUGUGGUAGAGAGAUUUGGUAAAAGUAAAGAUGGUAGUCAGUGUGGAGAAACCUUAAGCCAGAUUCGAAAUAGUAUUGUAAACAAGAACACUCCCGCCAGAGUAGAUGCAUGUGGAAGCAGUGUGAAUGGAGAAGUCAUAAUGGGUCAUUCAUCCCUGAAUUGCUACAUCAGAGUUGACACUGGACACAAACACCAGGAGUGUCACGAAUAUGCAGAGAAGCCAUAUACACAUAAGCAGUGUGGGAAAGGCUUAAGUUAUUGCCACUCCUUUCCAACAUGUGAAAGGCCUCACACUGGAAAGAAACCCUAUGAUUGUAAGGAAUGUGGAAAAACCUUCAGUUCUCCUGGAAACCUUCGAAGACAUAUGGUAGUAAAAGGUGGAGAUGGACCUUAUAAAUGUGAAUUGUGUGGGAAAGCCUUUUUUUGGCCCAGUUUAUUACGUAUGCAUCAAAGAGCUCACACUGGAGAGAAACCGUAUGAAUGUAAGCACUGUUCUAAAGCCUUCCCUGUUUACAGUUCCUAUCUAAGACAUGAAAAAAUACACACUGGAGAGAAACCGUAUGAAUGUAAGCAGUGUUCCAAAGCCUUCCCUGAUUAUAGUUCCUAUCUAAGACAUGAAAGAACUCACACUGGUGAGAAACCCUACAAAUGUAAACAAUGUGGGAAAGCCUUCAGUGUUUCCGGUUCCCUUCGAGUACAUGAAAGAAUUCACACUGGAGAGAAACCCUAUACAUGUAAACAGUGUGGGAAAGCUUUUUGUCAUCUUGGAAGCUUUCAAAGACACAUGGUAACGCACAGUGGAGAUGGACCUCAUAAAUGUAAGAUAUGUGGGAAAGGCUUUGAUUUUCCUGGUUCAGCACGAAUUCAUGAAGGAACUCACACUCUAGAGAAACCCUAUGAAUGUAAGCAAUGUGGGAAAUUGUUAUCUCAUCGCUCAAGCUUUCGAAGACACAUGAUGGCACACACCGGAGAUGGCCCUCAUAAAUGCACGGUAUGUGGGAAAGCCUUUGAUUCUCCCAGUGUAUUUCAAAGACAUGAAAGGACUCACACUGGAGAGAAACCCUAUGAAUGCAAGCAAUGUGGGAAAGCCUUCCGUACUUCCAGUUCCCUUCGAAAACAUGAAACAACACACACUGGAGAGCAACCCUAUAAAUGUAAAUGUGGAAAAGCUUUUAGUGAUUUCUUUUCCUUUCAAAGUCAUGAAACAACACACAGUGAAGAGGAGCCUUACGAAUGUAAGGAGUGUGGGAAAGCAUUUAGUUCUUUUAAAUACUUUUGUCGCCAUGAAAGGACUCACAGUGAAGAAAAAUCUUAUGAGUGUCAAACUUGUGGGAAAGCCUUCAGUCGUUUCAGUUACUUAAAAACUCAUGAAAGGACUCACACGGCAGAGAAACCAUAUGAAUGUAAGCAAUGCAGGAAAGCAUUCUUUUGGCCCUCUUUCCUUCUAAGACAUGAAAGGACUCACACUGGAGAAAGACCCUAUGAAUGUAAACACUGUGGUAAAGCCUUCAGUCGUUCCAGUUUCUGUCGAGAACAUGAAAGAACUCACACUGGAGAGAAGCCCUAUGAAUGUAAGGAAUGUGGGAAAGCCUUCAGUUCUCUCAGUUCCUUUAAUAGACAUAAAAGGACGCACUGGAAGGAUAUUCUAUAAGUGUAUGGAAUGUGGGAAAGCAUUCAUUAGUUUUGUCACAUUCAGAUACUUGAAAGAAAUAAAUCCUGUGAAUGUAAACGUGGUAAAGCCUUAAGAAGUUUCCAGGCUGGGCGCAGUGGCUCACGCCUGUAAUCCCAGCACUUUGGGAGGCCGAGGAGGGCAGAUCACGAGGCCAGGAGAUCAAGACCAGCCUGGCUAACAUGGGAAACCCUGUCUCUACUACAAAUAUGAAAAAAAAAAUAGCCGGGCAUAGUUGCUCGCACCUGUAGUCCCAGCUACUCAGGAGGCUGAGGCAGGAGAAUCCCUUGAACCCGGGAGGUGGAGGUUGCAGUGAGCCGAGAUUGCAAUACUGCACUCCAGCUUGGGUGAUAGAGUGAGACUCCAUCUCAAAAAAAAAAAAAAAGUUUCCAUUUCUUUCAAAUAGAGUUGCUGCCUCCUAUAUGCAAGAAGAUUGGUUCCAGUACACGCUGUGUAUACCUAAAUCCACAGAUGCCAGCUCUUUUAUAAAAUGGAAUAUUUGCAUGUACCUACCCACAUUCUCCUGUAUACUCUAUAUCAUGUCUAGAUUAAUUAAAAUAUCUCAUGCAUUGUAAAA